AUACUGAGGCUCGAGAGUCUAGAAAGCUGCUCUUCGCUUUGUCUCUUGGCCAGGGAGGAUCGACGAUUUAUAUUUUUCGCUCUGUUGCAUUAACUGGGAGCGUUUGAACUAUUAAAACUUUAAAUGAUAAUAGAGUAAACCUUCCUUUUUCCACUUCAAGCGUGUGAAAAACAUUUGAUAUCGGGAAAGGCCUUCAAAAUCGUGUGAAAACAGUGUGUAUGUCCGUGAGCGCCGCGGGGAGUAGAUUGGACGGCUGUUGAGGCGCUCCAGUUUUUCUUCCGUAAGUUUUGUACAUAAGGUGAGUUUGGCCGCUUUGGCGAGAUCUCAUCCAAUGCAUAUGCAUCAAAACAAAAACAAAGCCACGUUGGAGGCAAGGAAAAGACAAUGGAGUUUGAGGACAAGAAGAAGAGGGCUAGGAAGCCCAACUGGACAAGGGACCAAUGUUAUUUAUUGGCAUCCCAUGUGGAAGACAAUGCCCACAUCAUAAAAGGAAAAUUUUCAGCAACCUUAACCCAUGAAAUGAAGCGACGUGUGUGGGUUAAGAUUGCAGACAGCGUCAUUGCCGCCUACCCCAUGGUACGGAGGACUGCUGAAGAAUGCGAGCGGAAAUGGUACGCCAUCAAAAACGACUUGACAGGAACAGGUGGUGGCGGUUCAAAAGCCAAGUCAGCGACUCCACUCACUGACAAGGUGCAUGCCAUCCUAGGCGAGGGUAAUGCCUCUAUCAUGGGAAUACCCGACAUGGAUGACUUCACUAGAAUUGACUUGUACAACACAGUGGUUGCCAGCGGAGCAGCACAGCCUACCACCUCGCAGUCCAUCAUAGUGGUGGAUGAGGAGGAAGAGGUGGAAGAGUCCCUUCCACCCAUGGUGAUUGCAGCAUCAAUGCGGCCCAGCAGUGGCGUGGAGGCGUCCCUUCAACCCAUAGUGGUGGAAGAAUCCCUCCCACCCAGUGUCUCCACAGCGUCAACAUUUGCUGAAAAGCAAAUGCAGCUCAUUGAGUGAAAGUGGAUAAAUGGUAGAAUGGUAUUAACACGACUUUCACAUUUUGGGGAGGUAUGUCCUCUGAGGGACCACAGCUACAGUGACCCUGCUGCUCCUCCCUCUUAUGCAUAUCUGCCUCCUGUCAAGCGCAUAUCUGUAUCUGGUUCAUCAAAAUCCUCUGCCACAUCUGCUUCACACUCAGCAUCAAACCAACCGGCCUCACCUGCAUCCUCCUCAGCCUCAGGUUCUUCAUCCCCUCCCUCUUCUCCUCCAUCAUAUUUCUCUUCUCAGUCUCCUUCUUCUGUAUCUUCCUCAUCAACAGUUUCCUCUUUUCUCUCAUACUUUUCUUCCACCUCUUCUUCAGCAGUUGUCACAACACCAGCAGCAUCACCAACACCAUCAGGAACAGCCUGUGCAUCCCAGAGUGUACAUACUGUUCAAGUCACUAAGAUAGAACUUUUAGAUCUACCAAAUGAAAUAUUUGAGAAGGUGUUUUCAUACCUGUCCUACAAAAAGAUAUGUGAAGUCAGAUUGACUUGCAAGAGAUUUGAGCAGAUUGGCUCCAACAUCCUGAACAGCACCUUCCAGCGUCUCCAGAAUCAAAUGUUACUAAGGUUCCAGUCCAUCAAAGGGCAGAUGCCACGAAGGGAAAGUGCCCGACGAAAACAUCCUUUGGCUCGGGAAUCUGACAUUAUUGAAACGCUGCACAUGCGCCUCACUCUUCUUCAGAUGUCGUUUGGAAAACACAUUGAACGUAAACAUUGUUGUUUUUUUGCUGGAGAUAUACUGGAUGAGGUGUAUCGCAUCUUGUCUUACAUCAAGAAGACCCCUAACCUGGGACGAGCCUACAAAGUGACUGAUGAACUCUUUGACCUAUCCACAAUGGCCAUGGAAUACUUCAGAGAACAUAUAGAACCUCGUCUCCCAGAAAUCACAUGCUUUGGAUCUGAUUUUCUAGAUAUCACGUCAAGAUUUUCUGAAGGGUGUGGAAUGCGGUCAUCCAGUGGCAGUGGACGAGUGUCUGAGCCAGAAGAUGAACUGCCAGAGCGAGAUCCUCUGCCACCUUCCAACAUGGUUUUGCGCAAGAGGAUUAAACGUAUACGACAGGGCAUGAGAAGAUACAAUACUCAGCUUGUUGCUCUUCGAAGGGAAUUAAAAGGAUGCAAAAGUAAGCUAGCUGAUCAGUCUAAGCAGAACAUAGAAUUUGCAACACGUUUUGAUGAAUAUGACAAAAAGUUUGAAGAAUCUGCCCGCAAAUUCAGCACAGUUCUGCAGGAACUGAACAAAUGCAAAACUGAGCUACAGUACUGGCGGUCCAAAUCUCCAGCUCAGGUAUGCUACAGCUGUGGUCAGUCAGUGGGUGACGGUCCCAGCCAGCAGUUACAGGUUGGCAACAUAGCGCAGGGAGGAGAGGAGUCCAUGGUUUAUGUUCCUCUCUCAACAGCAGCAGUUCCAGAAAGUGCAGAGAAGAGGGAACAUGCUGGUCUUCACUCCCACAAUGAGGUUCAAGACAGGUGGCAUGCAGUUAGGGACUCAGGGAGGAAUCCUGAUUAUGUUUUUGAUCCCUAUUGUCCAAGCUCAAUCAAGCCACUGUCAGAAUCCUUAAGAAAACCACAAGCCACUUCCUUGAAACUCCAAGCUCCUUAUCAAAGUAUCUCCAGUUCUCAGGCAUGUGUUUCAUCACAGGGCAUGCCUGAAUUUCAAGGCAAAACUGCCUCUCGAGCUUCCUCUCAUCCACCUCAUAACAGUAACCCAGCACAUGUGUCUCAGCCCGAAACAGCAUCAUUACCCCCAACAACCACUUCACAGACAAUGGCUUCUUCUCACAGUGACCAAGCCUCAUCCCCUAAUUUGUCUGCCUCUCUUGUACCCACAAAGUCUCUUCCUCUCAACACAUCUCAGUCUCAGUCUGCCUUCCAUUCAUGUGCUGCCUCUCAUGACAUGCAGCAUCUCUGGGAUGCCAAUCAGGAGUGUGCCGAGGAUCUGUCAGUCUCUUGUCAGUACAAAAAUGAUCUUGCUGAGGAGUUUGAGAACAGUACGCAGAAGCGUCGUUCAAGUGAUGAGGAAAGUGAUAACUGUGAUUUUGUUGAUGAUACUGUUGGCCAUAGAGUCAAACAAAGAAAACGAAUUAAGUUGGACAUCCAGUAAUUGUGUAAUACGAUGCCUUAAAUAGGGGGUUUAAUUUGGGAGAGAACUUUGGGAUUUAAGUUUGGAGAGACUCUUAGUCAUUUCAGAUCAUCUAAAGCUUUGUUAAGUAAGAUCAAGGUAUAGUAUUGGCCUUUCCAGCCAUGAUACACAUAGUGGAGUUAUUAUUAGUUACUUCAUGUAAAUUUCACUUCAAGCAUUUGCAUUUCAUACAUGCAUUAUCACAAUAUAAUCUGGGAGGCUAGGCAGUAUUCAUCUGUCAUUUUGUGAUUUCAUCCUAUAUUAAUGGUACAGAGCUUUUGAUAGCUUUAUUUUGUAAAUUCUAGGUCUUUAAAUGGUAACUAGAUUAACAUUCUCAGGCUUCUAUGAUAUAAAAAGAAUUAAAUACAUGAAUUGAAGUAGAAAAUAUAUGGCCUAAGAUACUGAAAAUAUAUUGAUAUAUAUAUUUUUGUUUCAUAUACAUUGGGAUGGUAAAAGUAAAUAGUAAGUGACAUCCUUUAAUUUUUUCUUGAAUCUGGAAAAAUAGAUUUACUGUCGGUUUUAUGCAUGUGUGUGCUUGUUAUGUGAUUUGAAUAUUUUGGGAGUAUAAAUCUUUGUGACCUUUAUUAAAUAACAACAGGAUGUGGGAGAUCAAACAUUAGCUCACUUCUGGCAGCAGAAAAGGUGUAGUAUGACACACUGAUAGUUUAGUAAAAUCAAAUUCAGAUGUUUGGUGAAAGGCAUACACCAUCUAUGAUAGUUGAGACAGAUUUCCUUGUGCCAACUGGGUAACAAAAGUCAUUGUCUCUUUAAUUUGAAUGAAGGUAUAGUUAUUUUUUCCAUAAAAUGGAAAUCGGAGAGCUUCUCAUGUCUGCAAUACACAAUGAGAUUUAACUCGACUAUCAUUGAUGAAAUGCAGGUUUUUUUGCUCCUGAGGUUUAGCACAAUUAAUACUUCCCACAGCUUGUUGAAUGUUGUGAAGUGAUGUUUCCCUCUGAUAAAAGAUGAAGAUGGUGGCACAACUUACAUACUGUAUUGAGCUGGCAGUAUGUUCAUCUCAAAGUCAUUGUACAUUAUGCCUUAUACAUACAGGGAUGUCUUGAUAAAAAAAAAAGUUGGCCAAUAUUUGGUUUCCCAUGUUCAGCCAUUCUGCUUAACAAUAUUGAUCAUAAGGAUUUAUAAUUUCAUUAUAGUUGUCACCUAACUUAGUCACAAGAACAGCACAGGUACUAGUAUUAAGUUUCAAGUAAAGUACUUAUUGCAAAGAUUAUCCUGUUGGAACUGGGAAUGACAACUUUAUAUGUCAAGAACUCCAGAAAGAGCUUGUAAUUUUUCAGGUAUCUAAAAGUUUUGUACUAUAUAUUUAGCUAAAUGUUGCCACUGUGGCUUUUCUUGACUAAGUGCAGCACUUACAGAGCAAGUCUGUGCAUUGUUUUUCACUGCAAGAGUGGCAUUUCAUUUAUUUUAUUUGUUGAUUUGCUGUUAGAUAACAGAUAUGUAAAGACAAAAUUGAGCAGCAAGAUAUAAAGACAUUGCAGAGAUUGUGAAAGUUUGAUGAUUUUUGCAGGAUGUCAGUUCACUGGCUGUAUCCCCAUCUGAUCUCACAUGUUUAUGUCCAGUGCUGUAAGGAGCUUGAUUACAGUUAUGUAAUCUAAAGUUGUGUGACAAAUGAGAAAAAUUACCUUACUUGCUGAAGUUGCAUACAAUUGACAGAUUUAAAAUAUAAAAUUUUGUGGUCACUAGCAUCACCUGUUUGAGUAAUAAAAUCAAGAAUAUAUAAUUCUUUUAGAGAUCUUUCAGUUUUCUUUACAUCUUACUUAGAUUAUUUUCACUUUUUAGCAUUAUCCAGAAGCUGAAGAAUCAUCAAAUAUCUAAAGACUUCCAUUAUGAUUUUUUUUUUUUUUUUUUUUUUUUUUGUUUACUACACUUAGAUGCUAUUAGGGAUAAUAGUAUUGUUAUCAUCAUAAGCUGAAAAUCUAUAGCAGUCAAAUUGCACAUGCAUCAGUGGUUUAAUUAAGUGAUGUUUGAGUGCUUAUUUUAAACACAAACAUUUGUCAUUUCCCAGGUAUAUGGGUUGGGUCUGAAGAUAGUUUAUGAAGUACAUUAAUUGAUUGAUAGCUUUGUGUUAGGAUUUGGAGUGAGGUGUCAUGACAUAAUACCUAAAGUGUGGUGCAUACCAUAGGAGUAGGGAUGGUUCUCAUGCACAUUCUACUACAAAGUGAUGUGCUUGCUGAAGAGUUGUAUUCAUUGCACAUUGUAAGCCUCAAAAGCUUAUUAUUAUUAUUAUUAUUAUUAUUAUUAUUAUUAUUAUUAUUAUUAUUAUUAUUAUUAUUAUUGUUAUUAUUAUUAUCUGACUAUUAUUAUUUAUAUAUUUUUUGACGUUGCUUUCAGUCACAACAUGCUACUGAAAUUGAGUAUUUACUUUCCUGUUAGUUAAGUGUGGCUGAAAGGUUCAGAUGAGUGGUAGGGCAUCUUGCAACCUUAGCAUAACAUAGGUUCAUGGAUAAUUAGCAAGGCACACUUGCAUGAAUAAAUUAAUAACAUUGUUCUUAUAUAUGAAUGCUUCUGCUACACAUGGGAGAAGAUAAGAUUGCAGGGCACAGGCAUAUCAAGUUGAUUCAUUUGUUGUACUUUUUCUUUAUUUCCUUAUUUAGUUUUGUAUUUAUUUUUAUGUUUGUCAUUUUUAGAGAUAAAUAGGAAUUGUGUGAUUUUCAUACUACAAAUUUCUAAGAAAAGUCAUUAUUACUUAAGUGACAUGGUAAGACAACUGUUUUUAAUAAAGCAUUUAAAGAUCAUUAGGAAGUUUUAAAGACAGUAGGAGAAUGUGGUGGACAAAAGGCAAUUGCGAGAUACUUUUGUUGUGCAUUAUGUAGUUAUUGUGUAGUGUGUUUUAUCUUCAGUAGUAGAGUCUUCUCUCCUUCAAAAGAUACAUCUGAUACCCUACUUUAGUUCUUUUUUUUACUUAUUUAUUUAUUUUAUAGAUUUUAUUAUUAUUAUUAUUUAUUUUUAUUUUUUAUUUUUAUUUAUUUAUUCAUUUUUUUUCUUUUUUUACUUUUAUGUGUGGAUAUGGAAUUGUGAUCAUUCAUAACAAAUUUUGUUGUGGCACUAUCCUCUACCUGAAAGACAACACUGACUGGUAUACAUCACUAUUUUGAUUUCCAGUUAUGAUAGGACUUAUCAAGACCAAUCACUUGCAGAAAUUAAAAAGUUGAGAAGAUAUUUUAAAUUGUUAUCUCUCUCUCUCUCUCUCUCUCUCUCUCUCUCUCUCUCUCUCUCUCUCUCUCUCUCUCUCUCUCUCUCUCUCUCUCUCUCUCUCUCUCUCUCUCUCUCUCUCUCUCUCUCUCUCUGUGUAGGAGGGGCACUGACCAAGGAACAAAUAUUGCAAUAAAAGAAUGAUAAAAAGGCCCACUGAGGUGCCAGUCCCUGAACAAAGCCGAAAGCAUCUGUCAAAAAUACGGGACAUAUUUCCAUUUUGUUAGUCAUCAUGCAAAGUUGUGCUAACAGAAAAGGUUUUGUAAUGGGAUUGUUUGAGAUGAUAAUAGGAAGAAGUAAGUUUAUGUUUUACAAGAUGGCUAGAUUGACUACUCUAUUGAAUUACAAAUAUAGAGUGAGGCAACUAUUUUUCUUUAUCAUGUGGAUAUUUUAUAAUUAAAAAGAAGGCACAUCCUUUGAUCUAUUGAGCAAUUUGAUGCUCUAAACAUUUGCAAACAUACACGGUCUUUUACAUGUAUUAUGUACUCCAAAAUAUUGCCUCAGUUUGAGCUAUUCUCCAUAUAGUAUUUGUAAUAGUUUUUUUUUUUUUAUUUAUUUAUUUUUUUUAUCUAAAAUAAGAGAGUAACAAAUUAUGUGAAAUAUAUUGUUUAAUGAUCUAUUAGAAAGACUUAGAUAUCAGACUUCAAGAAAAAUAAAGAUAAUUUGUUGUAAAACAAUAGAUUAGCUGAAAAUUUUCCAAUAAAGUCCAUUCACUGUAAGAAGCAUUCUAUUUACAGAAAAGACCAUCUUACUAUAGCAAUGCAGUUCAUUAGAUUAUUUUUGUAAAAUUUCAUAUUGUAUUGCUCAUUUUACUGCCUCUCUCUCUCUCUCUCUCUCUCUCUCUCUCUCUCUCUCUCUCUCUCUCUCUCUCUCUCUCUCUCUCUCUCUCUCCAUUCGUGCCCAUUCUUGAGGAUGAACCUUUCCACCUUCAACAGUGCAGAAACAAGGAGCACGAUAGUUACAAUAAGAAUAAUGCUGACAGUAGACCAGAAUAUUAAUGAUAUCUUGGGCACCAGAGAUAAAAAAAAAAAAAAAAAAAAAAAAAAAGAAAUACAUUCAUUUGUCAGGUUUUCAUAAAAUUUUACACAUUGUCAAUAUAAAUCCUGUGAUUGCUUUUAUUUUGGUAAAAUAUGUUGCAAAUGAUCUAUAUAUAUAUAUAUAUAUAUAUAUAUAUAUAUAUAUAUAUAUAUAUAUAUAUAUAUAUAUAUAUAUAUAUAUAUAUAUAUAUAUAUAUAUAUAUAUAUAUAUAUAUAUAUAUAUAUAUAUGUGUGUGUGUGUGUGUGUGUGUGUGUGUGUGUGUGUGUGUGUGUACACAUACUGUGCCCAGAGUAUUAAUUGCUUAUUACUGUAGGAUAUGAAGGAAAAGUUGUGAAAAUGCAUAGGGAAAAUGUAUUCUUAAGGUUAUUUUGAGGUGAACUACUUUACAUGUUUGAUAACUCCUUUUGGUCAUCAUUUGUUUUUUCCUAUUUGUUAUAUUGAUUUUAUUAUUAUUUUUUUUCAUGGUUAAAUCUGGCAAACAAUUUUUUGCUCUGUGCUUUGAUCUUUAAGUGAUGUAAUUUGUUAAUAGCUAAGAAAAUGCGCAAUUAAUGACAAUACUUUCAGUGUUUUUAUUCAAAAUGUUUCCACACAAAAUAUUCUUCCUUCUUUACAUGCCAAUAUGUGACAGUUUUGGAUAGUUUCCAUGGGGUUGGCUACAGCAGUGGCAGUUUUGCAGAAGUUAAUCCUUUUGGGGUGUGUGCUGUCGUGAGUGUCAUACAGUGUGACUGGGGCUGAAUCAUGGAAGUGCUCCAAGUAUGUAGUGUUACAGUUAUUGUAGAACUGAAAAUAUAUAUUAUUUAUCACUUGAUUAUUAUCAUUGCUAGUAAUAUAGGUUAUAAGUAUUAAUUAAUUAGUACAACACGUUUCUUUCUUGUGUAUGACGCAAUCUUUCUCCAUGUGUUUUGCUCUCCUCUUUUCCUGAAAUUGUUAAUAUAAUGCUCAUGUGCUCAAAUAAUUAUCAAAGGUUACUCUUCCGUAGAAGUUUGAUGCAAGUCAUAGAAAAUACAUUUGCUGUCAUUGAAAAUCAGAAAUAAAUAAUUGGGGAAAUACACAUUGCAGUAUCGACCAGUCAAGGCAGAGCACAGCAAGUAGGCAGUGUUCAGGUACAAAGCUGACACAAAAACUUGUCAAGCCAGUAUUUUUAGCCAGUGCAAUUAUUUUCAACAAAAAUCUGAUUUUGCAAUUUACUAAUACCUUUAGUGUUAUGACAAAAUUGCAGAAACCAAAGGAUCACAGGUUUACCUUAACAAAGGAAGUGGUAGUGUAGUCUUUGAUUUUUGUAUAUGUGGUUAUAUCCAACAAUAAAGAGUUAUUUAUAUA